CAGUGCGGGAAAGCGAGGCCAGGCGGUGUGAGUGUGCGCAGUGCGGAGCUGGAGGACGGGGUUGGGAGGCACGUUUCCGGUUAGGUCCUCCCGGGCGCGGCAGCGUAGCCGAGUGGGCCGAGGAUCCGCGUUUGUAGAGACAGGAGUGCAGUGAAAGUUUUUUUUGGGAAGUCUGUUUUUCUACUAAGUCUUUAAAGAAUACAACCUAAAAAUGGCUUCAAAAAGAGCUCUGGUCAUCCUGGCCAAGGGAGCAGAGGAAAUGGAGACGGUCAUCCCUGUGGAUGUCAUGAGACGUGCUGGAAUUAAGGUCACCAUUGCGGGUCUGGCUGGAAAAGACCCAGUCCAGUGUAGCCGACAUGUUGUCAUUUGUCCUGAUGCCAGUCUUGAAGAUGCAAAAAAAGAGGGACCAUAUGAUGUGGUGGUUCUUCCAGGAGGUAAUCUGGGUGCACAGAAUUUAUCCGAGUCUCCUGCUGUGAAAGACAUACUGAAGGAACAAGAGAAGAGGAAAGGACUCAUCGCUGCCAUCUGUGCAGGUCCUACGGCUCUUUUGGCUCACGAAGUAGGUUUUGGAAGCAAAGUUACAACACACCCACUUGCUAAAGACAAAAUGAUGAAUGGAAAUCAUUACAGCUACUCAGAGAAUCGUGUGGAAAAGGAUGGCCUUAUCCUUACGAGCCGUGGUCCUGGAACCAGCUUCGAGUUUGCUCUUGCUAUUGUUGAGGCCCUGAGUGGCAAGGAGGUGGCUGAUCAGGUGAAGGCUCCGUUGGUUCUUAAAGAUUAGAGCAGAAAUAUGUGAUGGUGAGUUAGAGAAAUAUGCUGUAUGCAAACUAGUGUCACUGUGUUCACUUCAGAGAAAAACGGCUGCUUUCUGUAGAGGGAAGAUGACAUUGCUCUCUUUGUGGUGUGCAGUUGUGAGGUAACUACACAGAGAUUUAUUUCUCAGCCUACAGACUGUGUCCGUACAUUUCAGAAGCUUGUCUGCAGAAUAAACAGGACAUUUAGCAAACUAA